AUGGAUGAGUCAAAAGGAGAUACGAGUGUCCAAGUAGUAUCUGGGCCUUCCAAGAAAGUGUCGAAAUCAGCGAAGAGGAAACAGAAGCGUGUCUUGCCAGAGCCUUACUCCUCAGAAGAUGUCCUAUGGCGUGACAUAGUCGCACUGCUAGGAGAUGAUACAGUCGAUCGUGCUCUGCAACACGGCACCGAGUGGGAUUCGCCUUUUGAUUUCCGUGAAGAGGUGGAGGUGGAGGUAUCUGCAUUAUCUUCCAAUGGCGAUGCGCUGGCACGUUCCCCUGCAUCUUUUCCUCCUUGGGUAAUCGUUGCACCAUUUGCAUUACCAGGGGAACGAAUCCGUGUUCGAGUUUAUCGCAGUUCGCGUCUACAUUCAUUUGCCGACCUUGUCGAAGUCCUAUCACCGAACCUUGACCUGCGCGACGAUGGCCGUGCGAAGUGUCGCUACUUUGGUCAAUGUUCUGGUUGCCAGUAUCAGAUGCUUUCUUAUGAUACUCAACUCGGAAUCAAGCGCAGCGUAGUCAUCAAGGCUUAUGAAAAUUUCUCAAACCUUCCCAAGGAAACUAUCCCAGAGGUACUUCCAACAAUAGCCUCGCCACUUCAAUACGGCUAUCGUACAAAAAUAACACCGCAUUUUGAGGCCCCACCAAAAAAAGCACGCAAGGAAGCUGAAACUAGCUCGACCAAUUCAACAGAUAAGCCUACCUGGCUAAAAAUCGGAUUUAAUGAAAUCGGAAAGCGAACGGUGCUGGACAUCGAGGAGUGUCCUAUUGCAACUCCUGUGUUAAACGCAGCACUUGGACCUAUACGGGAAGAUAUAAUCAAGAAUAUCUGGGGCUACAAAAAAGGUGUUUCGUUGCUUCUACGCGACUCCAUCGAGCACCUGCCUUCCGAUAUAUCAUCUAUCCCUAGUGCGGAGGACGAAAAACACAUCUGUAUUACGAACCACAAGGAAACUGUCCGUGAACGCGUGGAUUCUACGUAUUUCGAGUUUCCGGGACAUUCAUUCUUCCAAAACAACAAUUCCGUGCUUGUUCCACUCACCUCAUACGUAAAAGACGCGAUCUUCCCUUCUUCGAAAUCGUCCGGGCCCACGCAUCUUGUGGAUGCAUACUGCGGUUCAGGUCUCUUCUCACUGAUGCUUGCGCCACAUUUCGACAUCGUCGCAGGCAUCGAGCUUUCCACCGAGUCAAUCAAGUCGGCUACUGCGAAUGCUGUUAUUAACUGCCUCCCGGAAGGGAAAUGCUCUUUUCUGGCGGGUGACGCUGCGAACAUAUUCUCGACAGUUUCGCACUUCCCCCCAGACAAAACGGCGUUGAUCAUAGAUCCUCCACGCAAGGGCUCUGAUGAAGCAUUCAUAGAACAAUUGGUUCGCUUCGCAUGUAGCACCGUGGUAUAUGUGAGCUGCAAUGUGCAUACACAAGCGCGUGAUAUAGGGAUGAUUAUAGAUCGCAUGGAGCGAGAAGGGGGUGGGAGGAAAUAUGUCCUGGAGAGUUUGAGGGGUUUUGAUCUAUUCCCACAGACUGCGCAUGUUGAGAGCGUAGCGGUGUUAAGGUUGGUUUAG